AAGAAAGAAACAAGAAAAAAAAAAGAAAAGAAGGAAAAGAGAGUUUUCUCGUCCCGUGUGUUUGUUGUGUACAUAUGUACUUUACGAGGAUUCGUCGCUUACACGCGCAGCUCUCCUCCUUAUCUCGGCUGUAAAGUUGAGAGUGGUCGGGCCAUGCGUCCGUCUAUCUAAAUCUCUUCCCUCUCCUUUCACCCCUCUCUUCUUCCACCACCUUCGUUCGUGGUCUCUCUCUCGCUACCAACUCCAAUCGGGAUUCCUUUAACGAUUACAAGAGUGACAAUUCAAGACAUCGCGUUUAUCUUCUGCGUUACAUAUAUCGCGCAGUAGGUGAAAGCAACCUCUUUUAUCAAGAAUCUAGAUCUCAGAAUCGUAAAAUCUCACAGUUCCGAAGUUUGUUUAACGUACCUCUCGCGACUAUCUCCUAUGUUCACUCGAAGAGACUUCGAGAGUUCCUGACGCGCAUGCGCGUCACAAGACGCGCGUUUUAUUCGAACGAAAAAGAAAGAUAUAAAAGGAAGGAGAGGAAAAAACAUCAUUCGCAAUCUCUUGACUCGUGUUUUAUAUUACGCUUUGACGUCUUUCGGGUCGUCCCUAAUCUAAUGUCACGUUGAAGGCUGUUGUGGUCGAUGACGAUCUCGGAAUUCUACAUGAGACCAGUGUACAAUUUGACAAUGAUCUACCAGAAUUUAGAACAUACGGAGGUGUUAUACAAAAAAAAUACGAAUCUCACGUAGUAGUGGCACCAACUUUGAUGUGGGUCAAGGCUUUAGAUAUGAUAUUAGAUAAACUACGUGUUUGCGGAGUUGAUUUUAGCAAAGUAUCAGCUAUUUCCGGAUGCGCUCAGCAACACGGCACCGUUUAUUGGGGGAAAGGUAGUCAAAGUCUAUUGAAAAAUUUAGAACCAACGAAAUUUUUACACGAACAAUUUGCAACGUCGUUUUCGAUAGCACAAUCGCCGGUAUGGAUGGACUCUAGUACGUCCGAUGAAUGUCAACUUUUCGAAGUGAUCGUAGGUGACCCUAAAAAAUUGGCAGAAAUAACUGGGUCUCGAGCAUACGAAAGAUUUGCAGGACCGCAAAUAGCAAAGAUAGCACGAAGAAGGCCAGAAGCCUAUAGUAAUACCGAGAGAAUUUCUUUGGUCAGUAGUUUCCUUGCUUCUCUUUUCUUGGGCGACUUUGCACCGAUCGAUUGGUCAGAUGGCUCUGGUAUGAAUCUUCUAAAUAUUCGUACGAAGGAUUGGGACGAUGUCUUGUUAGAGACUUGUGCGCCUGAUUUAAGAAAAAAAUUGGGCAAACCGAUCUCUUCGUAUAAUAAUAUCGGCCCAAUAUCGCCUUAUUUUGUCGAAAGAUUUGGCUUUAAUGAGGCUUGUAGGAUUAUUGCAUUUACAGGAGAUAAUCCAGGUUCCUUGGUAGGAAUGAGACUGAAAAAAGGAGAUAUUGCAUGUAGUUUAGGAACUAGCGAUACUUUGUUUUUAUGGCUGAACGAACCGAAAACUGCUAUCGAUGGGCACAUUCUCUGCAAUCCUAUCGAAGAUGAUGCAUAUAUGGCAUUACUUUGUUUUAAAAAUGGAUCAUUGACUAGAGAAAGGAUACGUGACAGUGCUGCGCAAGGUUCAUGGCAAAUAUUUAACGAAUUAUUAGAAAGUACACCGCGAGGAAAUUUCGGAAAUUUUGGCCUGUAUUUCGACGCACAGGAGAUUUUACCGUCCGUGAUCGGUGAUUACAGAUUUAAUAAAGCUAACGACGAAAUUAAUCGAUAUAGCUCGAAAGAGGUAGAGGUUCGAGCACUCAUUGAAGGCCAAUUUGUGGCGAAAAGAGCAUACGCAGAAGAUUUUGGUUUUGUUAUCGGUCCCGAUACUCGUAUAAUAGCAACAGGUGGUGCAUCUGCCAACAAAACUAUAUUACAAGUACUUGCUGAUGUCUUCAAUUCGCCUGUUUAUAUAUCGAAGGAUAUUACGAAUUCAGCUAUGAUGGGAGCAGCGUAUCAAGCAAAACACGGUUUAUUAAGAAACGAAAGUAACUUUGAAGAAAUAACUGCUUCUUUACCAGAACCUACAGUUGUAUGUCGACCGUACGACGAUGCUGAGUCUAUAUAUCGACCAAUGACGCAACGUUAUCGAAAGUUAAUAGAAAGAAUAAUAAAAAGAAAUCAAUCGCAGUCAGAUAAGUAAAAUGAAAUAUUGCAGAAAAUUCGAUUGCAUAAAUCUUUAGCUAAUUAACUUCCAACAAAUUCCAUAAUUUUAUAUCGUGAUAGAUGCAUAUCAUAGUUGUAUAUAUACAAUGAUAUAUAAGUAUCUACACAUAUGCAUUAUCUUAAACAUUUAUAUAUAAUUUGGGUAAUAGAAAAAUUUUAUCUAUUCGUAAUAAGUCAAAGUUCUAAUAAAACAUCAUUUUUACAUAAGAUUAGUCUCUGUUAGAAUCUCGAAGUACGUAAUGAUAGAUAUGUCACGUAUGAUUUAAUGCAUUUACGCUUUAUAUAUAUAUA